AUGAAACAAGCUGUGAUUUUUAUAAUUUCGCUGCUGGCAGCCAUGUCGUCGGCUAUAGUCGUAUCGACUUCUGAAAGUCCAGCUCCCACAUUCGAACCAUCACCAUCAACAUCAGGCUCAUCAUCACCAUCAGGCUCAGGCCCACCCUCAGCCAUAUUGUUUCAACCUCAUAGUGAUACUCGUGUCGCUAACCUGUUUUCGUACUAUAAUACACUUUUGAAACAAUACAAUUUGAAAGCUGCUGAAUGCGAAAUUUUAAAACAAGAGUGCGAAAAACGCAACGUAGUCGUACAGGGAAAAACGCUUCUAUAUAUACGCACUCUAGCUAAAUGCACACAUACAGAUCCAUCAACAAAUUUGCAAUUAAAAGCCACUUCCAAUUGUAUCAAAGAAAAUUCUGAAAAAGAAGAACGUUUGUACAUUGAAUUACUUGCGGAAAAAAUUGAUGUAUGUGGUGAAGUCAAUCGACUCGAAGCAAGAAUGAACGAGGUCGAGGCUAAAAUUCAAAGCUUGCUAUUCAAUGAUCAACAAUAG